AUGAAGAAGUGCUCGGAUGAAGCAGAAGAGACACUUUCUUUGUGUGAUCUUCCGUUGUAUAGUACUGAUGGUGGUAGUGUUGACUGGGGAGAGGACUUGUCCACAGAAUCACAAGGUGGUUUAAAUUCGACUUCAUCGUUGGAACAAGAUUACUUCGAGUUCUCCAGUCAAGAAAUGAGUACUUCCACCAUCCCUUUACCGCCGGAAUACAUCAUCUUCUGUGGAAAAAUCAUUCCUUACAAACAACCUGCAGUCCCGGCCAAGAAAGAUUCGAAGCUAGUUGAAAACAAGAAAAUGCGAGGCAUAGGCCUUUUCUGGCUGAAAUUGAAUUCAUUGUUCUGCGGAAAGAGCGUGGAGAAGAAUAUUGAAAAGAAGUCCUUGGCAAUAUUGCCCGAAUCAUCGAAGAGAAUGUCGAUAUUAACAUCAUCAUCAUCGGGUAAAGCUAGAUGGUAUUUGUUGUUGUUUGGAAUAACAAAAUUUUCAACGGAGAUGGAAUUGAGGGAUAUGAAGAACAGGCAAAGCCGUCGCCAAAGCAAUACAUCUUCGCCAAAGUUUACAUUUAAAAGAGGGGAAGACAAGUUUACAAGUACAAGGACAAGCAGAGAAAUGAGGGCGUGGGGCCUGAUCAGGGCGUUGAGUUGCGGUGGUGGCCGCCACACCGAUGCGGUCUAA